GUUUAGAUCACUUCAAUCGUGAAAUAUUGUCCUAGCGAGCCACGUGCGCUGUCCCUCGCAAGAAACUUGCCCAAAACAGCAUCCAGAAUGAACAAGCUCUCUGAUUGGCCGAGAGGCCUUGUCGGGAAGGAAGUUUCGCCACUCGCGCUGAGGCAGUUGGUCGUCAGGAGUCGAGGUGUGUUGCUGUUUGCUAGCUCUCUCGUUUUAUUGUCCCAACGUUUCGGAAUGGCCCGUACGAAGCAGACCGCCCGCAAGAGCACGGGAGGAAAAGCACCGCGCAAGCAGCUGGCUACGAAGGCCGCCCGGAAGAGUGCUCCUGCAACCGGUGGAGUCAAGAAGCCGCAUCGCUACAGGCCGGGCACGGUCGCGCUGCGUGAGAUUCGUCGUUACCAGAAGUCGACUGAGCUGCUCAUCCGCAAGCUGCCCUUCCAGAGGCUAGUGCGGGAGAUCGCGCAAGAUUUCAAGACGGACCUCCGCUUCCAGAGCUCGGCUGUAAUGGCCCUGCAGGAGGCCAGCGAGGCCUACUUGGUCGGUCUCUUCGAAGACACCAACCUCUGUGCCAUCCACGCCAAGCGGGUAACCAUCAUGCCUAAGGACAUCCAGCUGGCUCGUCGCAUCCGCGGUGAACGCGCUUAA